UACAUCCUUUUAUAUACUUACCUCAUGGGUGACACCAACGACUCCAUCAACGACUCCACGGACGACUCCUCUAAAAUCGACUCCACCAAGAUCGACUCCACAACACCACCACCACCCCGGUCCUCUCAUGACUACUCUCCAAUUACUCCUGAUAAGUUGGAUGGGUCCAACUAUCCUGCAUGGUCUCGUAGUGUUCGCUUGGCCAUCACUGCUCGUCGUAUGGCUGGUUUCAUUAAUGGUAAAAAGAUUGCCCCUGCCAUUGAUGAUCCUAGCUAUGAAGCUUGGGAUGAAGACAACUGUUUGGUGCAGUCAUGGCUCCUCAAUUCCAUGACCAAAAAUGUACGUGCCUUAUUUGACCAUUGCUCAACGGCUUAUGCGGUGUGGGAUGCAUCUCGGAAGACUUACACUGUUACUCAGAAUAGCUCCAAGUUGUACCAACUCCGUCGCCAGUCCGUCACCACCUCUCAAAAUGGUGAGCCUGUGAAUGUCUUCUAUGAAAAGUUACACAUCAUAUGGCAGGAAAUUGACAGCCUCCGUCCCUGCAAACAUACCAAUCCCGAUGAUGUGGCUCUUCACCAACAAGCACUUGAGGUGGAACGUGUGUACGAUUUUUUGGGAGGACUCGAUCCCAACUUUGAUUCUGUUCGUAGUCGGAUUCUUGCCAUGAAUCCGCUUCCAGCAGUCAUUGAAGCUUAUGCACUUGUGGUAGAAGAAGAUAACCGACAAUCCUCCAUGCUUGGCGGGGGAAGUGCAAUGGCCGUCAAGCCCUAUCGACCACCACACCGUACGUCCUCCGGAUUUCCCCCCCGGGGUCCCAAAACUGACGAUGCAAAGGGAACUCAGAAGUGCACUCAUUGUGGUGGUAAUCAUCUUGUUGAGAAGUGCUUUAAGCUUCAUGGUUAUCCUGAGUGGUGGGAUGCUCUCAAGUCCCGCAACAAAACACCCAAGGCAGCAUGUGUUAUAACUACCGAUGCCUCUCCAUCUUCCACCCUACUCUCCGACUCCGAAUCAGGACCUCACGACUCACGCGACGAUUGGGCAUGGUAAACGAAGAGGGGGG